CUGAAGAGGAACCCCUGUGAUUUGUGGAGUUACUUCAAAGAACGCAUGGUUUUUUCAUCAAGGAGCAUUUUUCUUAGCAUGCUUCCAACGAUAAUGCCCCUUUGAAACGUAUGGUACUGGUGGUCCACGUUUCUUCUGUUCCUGUGUUCCAGAUGUCUCUGCGUUCUCUGCUCCAUGACAUAAGUUCUGGCUGUGGAAGUACGAUUAGUGAUUAGUGAUUAGUGAAGAGUGCAAAAGUUUAGAAAACCUUAAACAGGACAACAGUUUGGUUGAAAAACAACAUUCAGCAACAUCAGUGAACGCAGUUCAACAGCAUAGUUUUUCCAAACCAAACUAUAAACAACCCUCAUCCAAGUCUGCAAACAACCACCCGAAAACCCCCUGCUGGUCAUGCGGGGGAAUGCAUUUCAACCGAGAUUGCCCGUACCGAGAGCAUCAGUGCCGUGAUUGCCGGAAAAAGGGGCACAAAGAGGGGUAUUGUGUCUGCUUCCUCAAGAAGACCCCCGGGAAGAAGAAGUUUCAACCGAAAAACAAAACAUGUAAAGUUGUUUCGGUGAAAAGUGUGAACCAGCGGAGAAAGUAUGCGGAAGUUAUGAUCAACAACUGUCCAGUCCGGUUGCAGAUAGAUUCGGCGUCCGAUAUUACUAUUAUUUCGGACACAAACUGGCGGCAACUCGGACAACCGCUGGGACAAGCACCGUGCGACGCGAGAACAGCUUCCGGAGAACCACUCGAUCUCGCUCUGGAGUUCUGGGCCGAGGCACAAAUCGGCGGCGUGACAAAAUCAGGUUUGUGUCGUGUUGCUUCUGCUAAUCCUAAUCUGAAUAUUUUAGGCUCAGAUUGGUUAGACCUUUUCGGCUUGUGGGACGUACCAAUAAGUGCUUACUGCAAACAAGUAAACACGACAUCGCAAUCAUCCAAGCACUUUUGUCAAACGAAAUUCCCAAAGUUUUUCACCGAGAGUAUGGGCCUGUGUACCAAGGUUAAGGCUCAACUGACGCUAAAGGGCAACCCGAAACCAGUAUUCCGCCCUAAGCGUCCGGUUUCGUACAGCAUGCAGGCUGCAGUCGAAGACCUUCAUCGGCUCGAAAGUCUGGGCAUCCUCCAAGCAGUCGACCAUUCGGACUGGGCGGCACCAAUAGUGGCAGUGCGGAAACCGACAGGCAAAAUCCGUAUAUGUGCUGACUUCUCGGCGGGUUUGAACGCCGUUCUCGAACCCAAUCAGUACCCGUUGCCGCGCCCGGAAGACAUCUUCGCUAAAAUGUCCGGAUGCAAGUUCUUCAGCCACAUCGAUUUGUCAGACGCGUAUCUGCAGGUCGAGGUGGAACAGCGGGAUCAACAACUGCUCACCAUCAAUACCCAUCUCGGAUUGUUCCGGUAUACCCGGCUGAGUCCUGGAGUUAAAUCGGCUCCCGAUGCGUUCCAGAAAAUAAUCGACACCAUAAUUGCCAACUUGGAACUUUGCUGCGGUUAUCUCGACGAUCUGAUUGUAGGUGGACGAACCGUGGAGGAGCACAACCGCAACGUGGACCGUAUUUUGGGCAAGCUGGAGGAUUCACUGUGCGCAUCGAAAAGUGUAAUUUCUAUAUGCGCCAAGUGAAGUAUCUCGGACAGAUCUUAGACGGAGAUGGCAUCCGUCCCGACCCGGACAAAACUGCAGCGAUUGCUUCUAUGCCCGCUCCCCACGAUGUACCCACUCUUCGUUCUUACCUUGGGGCCGUAAACUACUACGCCAAGUAUGUCCCCGAAAUGCGCAAGUUACGGUACCCAAUGGAUCAACUGUUGAAAGCCGGAACGCCGUGGGAAUGGUCCCAUGAAUGUCAACAAGCUUUUAACCGGUUCCGAGAAAUUCUCCAAUCCCCGCUGGCCCUCAUGCACUACAAUCCAGACCUGGAAAUAAUCGUGUCGGCGGAUGCAUCGCAGUACGGUAUAGGAGCCCGAAUCGCACACAAAUUGCCAGAUGGUCAUGUUAAGGCAAUUUGUCACGCUUGUCGCAGUCUCACCCCAGCAGAAUCCAACUAUAGCCAAAUCGAAAAAGAAGGCCUUGCCUUAGUUUUCGCCGUUACCCGUUUCCACCGGAUGAUCUUCGGAAGACGGUUCACCUUGGAAACCGACCACAAACCACUUCUGUCCAUCUUCGGUUCCAAACAAGGCAUUCCUACACAGCAAAAAAAGUGUUGCGAUAUUACAUCAAAAUCGUGCACAUAACUUGAGUUGCAAUAGGUAUCUAAUAUUACAUUCUUUUGAUGUAAAAAAUCGCAGUAAACAAAUUCAAGCACGACGGUAAUAUUGAGCUCGUAAAAAUGUUUCAAAUGGUUUUGGAUGUUUCGAAAUUUACAUUCUCUUAUACGUUCGGUUAUUGUUAAGUUAUUUUUUGUAUUUGGAAGUGAAUUUUAAGGCCUUAAUUUAAGGUAUGAAUUUGUACCAAAGUAAUAGUAUCAACAUCAGGAUAUUAAAAAUAAAAAUAGGUUUUUGAUACUGUUGAUUUCUCAUUUAUUUAAAAU